UCUCUCUCUUACUGUAACUACCGUAUCCUCCAGUGUCUCCACAGACUCAAACACCGGGAUUCAAUGGACGCGCCAUCAGCCGGAAAUUCAGGCACGUCGCAAUGGGCGAGACUUUAGUCCGCUAUUUCUUGCUGGCCCAGCCAGUCUCUCCUCCUGCCCUUCUCCCCAAUAUACUUGCGAAUGAUUGAACCUCUAGUAAUCACUCACCAUGGCAUCUCCCCAACUCCACCACUCCGGUCUGCAAGCGACCUUCACCGGCAUCGAACGCGAGACAAACAGUAUCACCGUCCACGAGUUCCGCGGCAUCAAGUAUGCCAGCAUUCCAGCGCGGUUCGAGCGCGCACAGCCGCUGAAGACUUUUGCCGGCGCGACGGUGGAUGCCACGCGAUACGGACCCAGGUGUCCACAACCAGAUGUCGAUGUUCGUCAUCUACUCCGCAUCCCUGAGGAUUUUGCGAUUGAGAACGAACCCGAGGAUGAGUUUGAGUGUUUGAACUUGACUAUCACUGGGCCACCUUUGGAUGAUGCGCGGGGACCAAUUCCGGUUCUGUUGUGGAUUUACGGUGGAUCGCAGGCUGUGACGUUCUGUUCUGCCGCGUCCAAGAUUUGCGAUCCAAUCAAAAUUGUCAGCGACUCGAUCAGGAACAAUCAGCCUGUGAUCUUCGUCUCGUGCAAUUACCGGCUCAAUAUCUUUGGCUUCGGUGAUGGGCGGGAGAAGAACUUGGCUCUUAAAGACCAGAAGUUGGCUAUUGAAUGGGUGCGGGAGAAUAUUGCUGCUUUUGGGGGUGAUCCGGGAAAUAUCACCCUCGCUGGUGAGAGUGCGGGAGCGGUUUAUGUGCAUGCUCAUCUACUCACUGGCACCCCGGUGAAAAGAGCUGUUCUGGCCUCGGGAUCAAUGUAUCUUUCGAGUCCGUUGCCUAUAGAGAAAGGGGAAGGGCUUCUUGCGACACUGGAGGCCACGGUCAAGAAGCUAGGCCAGUCUUCUCUUCAUCAGGCUUCGGUGGGGGCUCUCGUCCAAGCAUUGCAAGAAUGCAAUGUGAAUUCGCUGUGGCUGCAGGAUGACGAGGAAUUUAGGGGGUGGGAAGCAAAGCCUGAGCUCGUCGAGGAAGUCAUGAUUGGGGAUACAGAAUACGAGUCGGUCAUCUGGAGAAACGGCAUUGAGACGCUCGAUGCCCGUACUAUCGCUGCUGCUUUUGAGCAAGAUCCCCAAUGGGGAGCCAAGUUGCGCAGACUCUACCAGGUUGUUCCCGGUCGACCGACGGCGAGUAAACUGGGAGCGCUCGAUCUGCUCCAAGAUGUCCGUUACUCUCUGCCCGUGGAAGUCGUCUCCGACAAACUCCAGGCGGCCGGCAAGCGGGUCUACAAGUAUGUCAUCGAUCAGACCAAUCCGUGGCAGGCGUCUAGUCGAGCGCACCAUGCCGUCGACCUCCUCUUCUUGUUUGGAGGCGUUGACCUGUCCUUCAACCCCGCUGCUGAGACAGUUAGUCAAGAAAUGAGGGAGAGGUGGAUACGCUUUGCAAAUGGGAGCCAGCCAUGGUCCGACGAGCGACGCUUCGCCUUCGGACCAUUCGGCGAAUGCAAGGAAAUCGACGAAGUGCAAUUCGCUGCUCGACGCCGGGUGGAGCACCUGCGAGCGCUGCGAGAGGCGGGCAUGGGGGUGUACAUGCCCAUUGUGUUUGGCGUCUCGGCGGGGAGAAUUAGUCUGUUGAAUUGAUGACGAUGUACGGAGUACUUCGAAAGGACUUUAGAGCCAUAAGAAGUAGACAGAAAUCGAAGAACUCAAGAGACCGGCAAUUCUCGCUGCGAACUACAACCGAUGGAGGGAGUGUGUCAGAUCUGACUCAUGUGGGGUUUCUCCACAAAUGAUCCCCAGCUUCGGCAACCAUCCUCCCUCGCGACAUGCCGAACACUAUACAACUUGC